AAGAAAGAAGGCGAAGCCGGAGGAAGAUCAUGUUCGUCCCCUUGCCGGUGCCGUUCGUCUUUCAGAGAGCUGCCCCUGACCUCAGCGCCUGGCGUCUCAAGACCCCCCUGGCUCUCCGCUCCAACUCCGAUAUCAGGAUGUCAAGGCCAGCUGAACUCGAGAAACUAGCGGCUGACUCGCCGCUGGAGAGCACAGAUUCAGAACUGAAUGGAUCUGACUCUAAUCACCAGGCUCAGUCAAUGAAGGUCAACCCCUUUUCCCUUUCACCGAGCCUCAGCAGCAACAAGAAUAAGAUGGAAGAAUGUGGCGAGAUGUCCCCGGCGCUUCUCUCCUCUCACGGCCCGUCCGCCUCCCAGGCGGCACUUCAACACACACAACUCAUGCUGACCGGCACCCAGCUGGCAGGGCUGACGGCUCUGUUGCCAGCGCAGCAGCAGCUUCUGUUGCAGCAGGCCCAGGCUCAGCUUCUGGCCGCCGCCGUGCAGCAGUCCAGCGCCGCUCACGCCGCCCAUGCCGCCCACGCAGCCGCCCAGGCCAAUCAGCAAGCUCAGGCGGCGGCGGCGGCCGUGGCAGCCAAUCAUCACGCCCAGAAGCAGCAGCAGCAGCAACAUAUACAGCAGCAGCAGCAGCAGCAGCAGCAGCAGCAGCAACAACAGCAGCAACAGCAGGCGGCGCAAACAGGCCAGCAGGGUCAGGGACAGAGCACACAGGAACACACUGCCCAAAGCGUCCCUGCCCCACCUCCUCCACCCCAGCUUGCCCUCUCUCAGCCAAUCCAGCUCACCGCCCAGGACAUCCAGCAGUUGCUGCAGCUUCAGCAACUGGUUCUGGUUCCCGGCCAUUCGCUCCCAUCGCCUGCACAGUUCCUCCUCUCCCAAGCGCAGCAGGGCCAGCAAGGACUCAUAUCGACACCAAAUCUUAUUUCACUACCUCAACCAAACCAAGGGAGUCUCCUGUCUGCUCAGAGUACAAUGGGUCUGUCGGCACAGCGAGACAAGAGCAUGGAAGUGAGUGGCGGGGGUGGCGGGCUGAGCGCGGUGCCCCCCGUGCCCUCUCACCCCGAGGAGCCCAGCGACCUGGAGGAGCUGGAGCAGUUCGCCCGGACUUUCAAACAGAGACGCAUAAAACUGGGCUUCACGCAGGGAGACGUCGGCCUGGCCAUGGGGAAGCUGUACGGCAACGACUUCAGCCAGACCACCAUCUCCCGCUUUGAGGCCCUCAACCUGAGCUUCAAGAACAUGUGCAAGCUCAAACCGCUGCUGGAGAAGUGGCUCAACGAUGCAGAGACCAUGUCCAUAGACAGCACCCUCCCCAGCCCCAGCUCGCUGUCGUCACCCUCGCUGGGCUUUGACGGCAUGCCAGGCCGCCGCAGGAAGAAGAGAACCAGCAUUGAGACCAAUGUACGCGUUGCCCUGGAGCGUGCGUUUUUGACGAACCAGAAGCCUACCUCAGAAGAGAUCCUGCUGAUCGCCGAGCAACUCAACAUGGAGAAGGAGGUGAUCCGGGUGUGGUUCUGCAACCGCCGACAGAAGGAGAAGCGCAUCAACCCCAGCAGCUCCACCCCUCCCCUGCCCAGCCAGCCUACCAGCGCGCCACCCGCCCCCAAGCCCCCCUGCUACAGCUCCCACAUGGUGAGCAGCCGUCUGACGCCGGGGGUGACCAGUCUCAGCAGCACAACGGCAACCGGCAUGUCCCCCAUCUGCCCCCUGACCUCCAGCCUGGGCUCCAGCCUCACCUCCAGCUCUGCCCCGUCCCCGGUGACACCUCCUCCUGCUCCCCCCGCUGCCCCUCCACGCAGCACGGCCAGCCCGGCCACCCCCAGUCACAGUACACUCAAUCUCAACACAGGCGUGUGGCGUAUGGGUAAAAAGAACGGCGACAUGUCAAGCUGCAUGAGCGACUUCGCUACAAACUUGAGGAAUACUGUGAUGGGCGUUAACACGGGGAUGAACCAAGCCCUCCUCGGUAACAAUCCCCUGGCCACUAUACAAGCCCUGGCGGCCAGUGGGGGCCAGCUGCCCCUUUCUAGUCUGGAGGGCAGCGGCAAGAUGCUGCUGGGGGCCUCGGGCGUCCACGGCGCCGGCCUGGCGUCCUCGCUCUUCCUCAACCACCCCGCCCUCCUCCACAUGGGCCAGAGCCCGGGCGGCGGUCUGCUGAGCGCGGCGGCGGCCAAGGCCUCGCGCCCGUCCCCCUUCGCGCCCUCCGCGAGCAGCAUCAGCCCCACCCUCUGCUCCCCCUCCCCCUGCUCCAGCCCCGCCUCCUCCUGCUCGUCCAGCGAAAUGGCACACAGCCCCAAGAUGGAGUGACGCCGCCGGGCGGCUAAUCAAGCAGGAGGAAGGAUGGAAGGAAGGAAUGAAGGAAGCGGGCGUCUCUGGCCUUUCACACCAAAGCUAGCUCUUCCUCUCUCUUUUGCGCUCUUCUUUUUCUUCUGGCUCUCUCCUUCCUUCCCUCCCGCUCUUUCCGAUGCCAAAAACCCACAGAAUGGAAGAGAAGGGAAGGAGGGAGGGAAAGAGGAGGGAAGAAGGGGGCGGGAAGGGGAAGACCCAAACCAAAAAUCUUUAUCUCCCCCCACAGAGGGAUCGCUUUUUUUUUUGUCAGCAUCAGUGUGCCACCUCAAGACUUCCUGAGCAAGAGAAGACGAGCUGCCACCCGGCGCCUAAACCAAAAAUGAAAAAAAGAAGACCAAGGAGGACAAAAUAAAAGGAGGAUUUUUUUUUUUUAUAUAUUUUGCGGGUCAGACAAGGAAGAGGAGGAGACAUUUGAAACCAAAAAUAUACCUGAGGAGGCGGAGGAGGAACACACAAUGACAAAAAAAAAAAAAAAAUGACAACCAUACCAAAACCCCAAAUACCAAAAAAUACGGAGAGAAAAGCUUUAUUCAAAGGACAUGUAAAUAAAAAGCGAAGCUAUCCAGGACCAGGACCAGGACUCCACCGCUACACCCAUCGUUUGUCCUCCAUUUCAUGAAGAUGUUGCCGUUAUCUUCGCAUCGCCUUGUUACGCGUUUAAUGUAGCUCAUCAUCAUCGUCGUCAUCAUCAUCAUCAUCAUCUCCUCACUCACCUUUAGUGGUGCACUCCAAACCGAGGACCGAGGGACUGUGACUCUUGGAUUCAAGGCUACGAUGUGCCGCCCCUGCCCCCCCCCCCCCGUCAAUCAACCUAGUGCGUGUUCGUCCGUGUCGUCGUCCGUCGCCGCCAUUCGUCCACGUCCGACUGCCAUUAAGCGUUCAAUACGGAAACCAAAGCAUUUUUUUUUCCCAAGGCCUCGAAGGGUCUUCUUCGAGAGCCUCGUCCGAGACACUUGACACCAUGACGGGGGGCGGCGGGACGGGGGUCCAAAGCAGGACACAGUGCCCCCUCCCCACACCGUCUCAACUUGGGUCAUCACAGCUUUAAGUUGACUUAGUCAGUUGAACCACUUUCAGCGCAAGUUUGUGGAACAACCUGCGCGGGAAGUUAGUCGAGAGACCCAAAACAGGGGGUGAGUUUUGCCCAAAGGACCCACGCCAGGUUGAGGGUGGGACACACGGCCGUGAAGACGUCACACCUUUUAUAAAAGGAUACCAAAAAUAAACCCAAACCAAAAAGAGACAAACAAACCAAGGACUGACCGAGGCAAACCAAACCAAAAAACAAAAAAAAAAAAAAA